GGCGUGCUUCUCUGGGAGGGGUAAACACGCGCAGGCGCACACGCGCGGCAGGCCGAGACGAGCUACUGCGCAUGCCCGGGGCCCCGCCUCCACCGCUUCGCUCCGGAUCGGGGCAGGCGACUCGAACGUCUCGCGAGAGACCGGCGCGCGUUCUCGAAGCAGAACCUUGUCUGGUCUCGGCCUCCGGGGCUCCGGCUGCAGCGUCCGUCUUGUUCGGGCGCCUCCGGCUCCCCGGUCCGCAGUCCCGGCAGCGGCCUGCAGCGCCGCCUGCCCCCUUCUCCUUCCCGGGGCUGGCCCACAGGCCGCGGCUGCAGCCCCGGGAUUGCGUCGGCGGCCCGCCCCCCCUCUAUGGGCCCCGGCUGAGGCGGAGCCCCGAUGCUGGCCCGGAGGAAGCCGGUCCUGCCGGCGCUCACCAUCAAUCCCACCAUCGCUGAGGGUCCGUCCCCGACCAGCGACGGAGCGUCCGAAGCGAGCCUGGUGGACCUGCACAAGAAGCUUGAGGAGCUUGAGUUGGACGAGCAGCAGAGGCGGCGCCUGGAGGCCUUCCUCACCCAGAAGGCCAAGGUCGGCGAGCUCAAGGACGAUGACUUCGAAAGGAUCUCAGAGCUGGGGGCCGGCAAUGGCGGGGUGGUCACCAAGGUGCGGCACCGGCCCUCGGGGCUUAUCAUGGCCAGGAAGCUGAUCCACCUAGAGAUCAAGCCAGCCACCCGGAACCAGAUCAUCCGUGAGCUGCAGGUGCUGCACGAGUGCAACUCGCCCUACAUCGUGGGCUUCUACGGGGCCUUCUACAGCGACGGCGAGAUCAGUAUAUGCAUGGAGCACAUGGAUGGCGGCUCCCUGGACCAGGUGCUGAAGGAGGCCCAGAGGAUUCCGGAAGAGAUCCUGGGCAAAGUCAGCAUUGCGGUCCUCCGGGGUCUGGCGUAUCUCCGAGAGAAACACCAAAUCAUGCAUCGAGACGUAAAGCCCUCCAACAUUCUGGUCAACUCCCGGGGCGAGAUCAAGCUGUGCGACUUCGGCGUCAGCGGGCAGCUCAUCGACUCCAUGGCCAACUCCUUCGUGGGCACGCGCUCCUACAUGUCUCCGGAGCGGCUGCAGGGCACCCACUACUCGGUGCAGUCGGAUAUCUGGAGCAUGGGCCUGUCCCUGGUGGAGCUGGCCAUCGGCAGGUACCCCGUCCCCCCGCCGGACGCCAAGGAGCUCGAGGCCACGUUCGGCCAGCCCGUGCUGGACGCGGCGGACGCAGAGCCUCACAGCACCUCACCGCGCCCACGGCCCCCGGGACGCCCCGUCAGCGGUCACGGGGUGGACAGCCGGCCAGCCAUGGCCAUCUUCGAACUACUGGACUACAUUGUGAAUGAGCCACCUCCCAAACUGCCCAGCAGUGUGUUCACCGCCGACUUCCAGGAGUUUGUAAAUAAAUGCCUCAUCAAGAACCCGGCAGAACGAGCAGACCUCAAGAUGCUCAUGAACCACGCCUUCAUCAAGCGGUCCGAGGUAGAGGAAGUGGACUUUGCUGGCUGGCUUUGCGAGACCCUGCGGCUGAAGCAGCCCAGUACGCCCACGCACUUGGCCGUGUGACCGCUCCCUGGACCUUGGUUUCCUCUGCGCCCAGGCCCUGCAGCAGGCCCUGGGGAGGGGGACGCUGCUCGCUGUCUCUGGGACCUGCCUCCUUGGGGUUCGCCAACAACGGAACCUGCAACCAAACGCAAA